AGCUAAGACCCCUCGCCAAGUGUCUGCCUUCACCCUUGAGAGCACUCCUACGGCCUGAAAGAAUCCCCGACGCAACAAUGGCAGACAUCGACCUCCAAGCAGUUCACGACACGCUGGUGUCGGUCGCCUUUGAGGCGGGCCGCAUGAUCCUGGCUGCGAACCCCAGCAGCAUCUCUACAGACACCAAGCUGAACGCCGUCGACAUCGUCACUGAAACCGACCAAGCCGUCGAGCGCAUGGUCUCGUCCCGGCUACGCGACGCGUACCCAUCCUUCGCCUUUGUCGGCGAAGAGACGUACCAAGCCGGCGUGACGCGCAUCACGGACGCGCCGACCUUCAUCGUCGACCCCAUCGACGGCACCACCAACUUUGUCCACUCGUUCCCCAACGCCUGCAUCUCCCUCGGGUUGGCUGUCGACCGCCAGCCCGCCGUCGGCGUCGUCUACAACCCAUUCCAGGACCUGCUCUUCACGGGCAUCCGGGGCCGGGGCAGCUACAUGCAGCGGAAUGCCUCGCUCGAGGCGGGCAAGGGGCUAGGGGAGAAGGUGAAGCUGCCGCUGGGCGGGGCGAAUCCGCCUGCGCUGGGAGACCUCAGCUCGGCGCUCGUGUCGAUUGAAUGGGGCAGUCAGAGGGACGGGGAGAAUUUCGAGGUAAAGGCACGCACAUUUAGGAAGCUGGCGGCCGCGCGGGAGAAUGGGGGCGCCAUGGUGGGGGGGAUGAGGUCGUUGGGCAGUGCGGCGCUGAAUCUGUGUGCCUGUGCGGCCGGGCAGCUUGAUGUGUACUGGGAGGGCGGCUGCUACGCGUGGGACGUCGCGGCUGGGUGGUGUAUCCUGAAUGAGGCCGGCGGCCGGAUGGUGAGCGGUAACCCGGGAAUUUGGGACACGGAGCUGGACUCGCGUGUGUACUUGGCGGUUAGGGGUGCCCGCAGUGGGCUGAAGGAGCUGGUGGAAGAGUUCUGGAAGGUCAUUGGGGAUGGUAAGAUGGAUUACAAGCAUUAGAGACUGGCGAGCAACUUAGGCGCCGGUUUGGAUACUCGAUAGAAUAGACGGCGGGAACACUAUCGCCCAACAGAAGACACGACCUCCAAACAAUACACCACACCCGCCACAGUGGAACUUUAGAAGAGCGGAGGGACACCAGGUAUGGUUGGCUGCCUCGGCCGGGUACAUGUUCCGGUGCUGUCCCAGUCUGGUGCCCCCCUGGGCUUGUUGUCACGAGGUGUAGUCGCGUGUCCAAGGGUCACGGUGGUGAUUCGAAACAGCUAGAGGAAGGUUUCUCCUGACGCAGCAUGUCCGGGGGAAUGACGAAGCUGCUCAUGGC